CUACAAUUCUGUAGAAGGAUAAAAUUAGUCAUUCUUCACUUAUAUUAAGUGUUCUUAAAGGUGACAAUUCGACGCUUACUAAAUCGCAACAGGACCCUAUUACGUGUAAUAACUGCUAAGAUGUCAAGUAGUGCAGUGACUGCUCCUUUUAAUAGGGAUGCCUUAGAACAAGUGUUAAAGAGAAGAUUCUUCUUUGCUCCAGCUUUUGAAUUAUAUGGUGGUGUAUCUGGUUUAUUUGAUUAUGGUCCACCAGGUUGUGCUUUCCAAGCCAAUAUUGUUGAUACUUGGAGAAAACAUUUUAUUUUAGAAGAAGAUAUGUUAGAAGUUGAUUGUACCAUGCUUACACCUCAUGAAGUUUUAAAAACUUCUGGUCAUGUUGAUAAAUUCGCUGAUUGGAUGUGUAAAGAUUUAAAAACUGGUGAAAUCUUUAGAGCUGAUCAUUUAGUUGAAGAAGUUUUAGAAUCCAGAUUAAAGGGUGAUAAAGCUGCCAGAGGUAUUAAAGUUGAAGAAGAAGAAGAUGAAGAUAAAAAGAAAAGAAAGAAGAAAGUUAAGGAAAUUAAGAAUGUUAAAUUAGAUGAUGAAGUUGUUAAAGAAUAUGAAAAUAUUUUAGCCCAAAUUGAUGGAUUCUCUGGUCCUCAAUUAGGUGAAUUAAUUGUUAAAUAUGAUAUCACUAACCCAUCCACUGGUGGUAAGUUAGAACCACCAAUUGAAUUUAAUUUAAUGUUUGAAACUGCUAUUGGUCCAUCUGGUAACUUGAAAGGUUAUUUAAGACCAGAAACUGCUCAAGGUCAAUUCUUAAAUUUCAAUAAAUUAUUAGAAUUUAACAAUGAAAAGAUGCCUUUUGCUUCUGCAUCUAUUGGUAAAUCUUUUAGAAAUGAAAUUGCUCCAAGAGCUGGUUUAUUAAGAGUUCGUGAAUUUUUAAUGGCAGAAAUUGAACAUUUUGUUGAUCCAGAAGAUAAAUCUCAUCCUAAAUUUAAUCAAGUUAAGGAUAUAAAAUUACGUUUCUUACCAAGUGGUGUUCAAGAAUCUGGUUCUACUGAAUUAAUUGAAAAGACUAUUGGUGAAGCUGUUUCUACUGGUUUAGUUGAUAAUGAAACUCUUGGUUAUUUUAUUGCUAGAAUUUAUUUAUUCUUACUUAAAAUUGGGGUUGAUACUAAUAGAAUAAGAUUUAGACAACAUAUGAGUAAUGAAAUGGCUCAUUAUGCUUCUGAUUGUUGGGAUGCUGAAUUACAAACUUCUUAUGGUUGGAUAGAAUGUGUAGGAUGUGCCGAUAGAUCUGCUUAUGAUUUAAGUGUUCAUGCUGCUAAAACUGGAGAAAAAUUAGUUGUUAGACAACCAUUACCUGAACCAAUAACUGUUGAAAAGUUUGAAAUUGAAAUUUCCAAGAAGAAAUUUGGUCCUAAAUUUAGAAAGGAUGCUGGUAGUAUUGAAAAAUGGUUAUUAGAAAGAAAUCAAACUGAUUUAGAAUCUUUAGGUAAUGAAUUAACUGCUAAUGGUAAAAUUGUUAUUAAAGUUCCUGGUGUUGAAGGUGAAACUGAAUUAGAUACUGAAUUAAUUAAAAUUGAAAAAGUUAAGAGAACUGAACAUAUUCGUGAAUUUACUCCAAAUGUUAUUGAACCAUCAUUUGGUAUUGGACGUAUCAUUUAUUCUAUUUUUGAACAUCAAUUCUGGUCUAGACCAGAAGAUGUUGAUAGAUCUGUUUUAUCUUUACCACCAUUAGUUGCUCCAACUAAAGUUUUAUUAGUUCCAUUAUCUAAUAGUGCUGAAUUAAAACCAAUUGUUGAAAAAGUUUCUAAUGUUUUAAGAAAGAAUCAAAUUCCAUUUAAAGUAGAUGAUUCUUCUGCUUCUAUUGGUAAAAGAUAUGCUAGAAAUGAUGAAUUAGGUACUCCAUUUGGUAUUACUAUUGAUUUUGAAUCUCUUAAAGAUGAAUCUGUUACUUUAAGAGAAAGAGAUUCUACUAAACAAGUUAGAGGUUCUUAUGAAGAUAUUAUUGAUGCUAUUAAACAAGUUACUUAUUUUGGUAGUUCAUGGGCUGAAGGUACUGCAAAACUUACUCCAUUUGAAUCUCAAUCUACUGAUGCUUAGAUCUACAUAGAUUUUCUUGUAUAAAUUGAUAUAUAUAUAUGUUAUUUUACGAUUCCAUACUUAAUUAUUAUG